GUCCGUCUUAGCGGCCUGCAGUGGUUCAUUGUUGCUUCUGGUGGGAAUAAAAUGAACGAGACAAUGAUACAAUUUCAACAGAGCUUAAUUGAGCUAGAAGCUGAAGCAGAGCGUCUCCUUAUAGCACGCAACGAGUUGGUUGAAAAUGAUAGAGUGAGAAAUGGGAAUAGAGAAGCGUUGACUGCUUUGAGGAGGCGAGCACGGACAACAAAAUCCAGUGUCCCAUCACCUUUUGAGUCAAUUAUGAAGGACAUGGGAGGUUCUGAAACAAGGCCAUUGGUGAAGGAGAUUUGCACUACCUGCGGGAACCAUGACUCUAAUGAGCGCACCUGGAUGAUGUUCCCAGGAACCGAUGUGUUCGCCAGGGUUCCAUUUCAUGCAGCUCAUUCAAUCUUGGAGACAGAUCAGUCGAAACUUGAUUUUGAGGCAAAGAAAUUGCAAAGUUUUGUAAAAGAGCAGUCCCUUCUGAUCUCAGAAAAAGGGGUCCUCGCUGACAAGAUCAGUCCCGGGGUGCUCAAGGCUUUAGUGACAUUGACAGACAAACCCAAAUGAUUUUGCGUAUCUAUUUUGCCAUUCAUACUCCAAUAUGAAUAAGGAGAUGGAUAUUGCGCUCAUCCGGGAUCCUUGUUGAUGUGGCUUGGAUGGAGGGCUGAUUCUCAUGGAAGCGUUGAAAACAUCCCAAGUACAUCAUCUUUCACUUGUUACUGUUUUGAUUAUUCAUUACUUGUGCAUGUUGGGUAGCAUUAUCAUAGAUCAUAUCUUCGAGAUUGAUGGGAUUCUGGACUUAUCUGAUUGGCGUAUAUUAACAUGUACUCUCUAAAUUAUUCUGCGUACCGUAUCUGCAUUACAAUUUUAGCUUCA